AUGUGUAGCCAAGGUCACUUCAAUCGGCGGGCGCUGCAUGACGUUUUCGGUUUUAAUCUGCAGCAUGCUCACUCUGGCAACGUGCAGUAUCUGCAAGACGGGCACAGAAGUGUGGCGCCACAGUGCUCAGACAAGUGGUUGAAGAUGCUUCCCGUGCUCAAUGCAAUGACAGCUGUCAAGUUGCCUCCACGUGGCCAAGCUUUCGGCCAUACCAUCACUGCGACGGGACUCUAUUCAGCUCAAGAGACAUCCUCAAGCUUCAAUAGCUUUGGGCUGGUAGACUUGCAGCUGGGCGGAGGCAAAGCCGCCUACUUCGCUUUCGACUGGCACGACGAUGUGCCACAAGAGAGGCGCGCUUGGGCGAUAACUUUCGCCAUGCUCGCCGGAUGCAACGAAGAUCAGGUCGAAGUCAGCGAUGUGCCGGUGGACUCAAGAGCUCGAGGAUGGCAGGCACCAGCUCCAAGAAUGCACAAGGUGUCUUACGAACGGUCAGAGUCUGCAGGUAUGCCCUACCAGUCCAUGCAGUUGGGACCAGGGAACAGACAGGUGCCGAACCCUGGAAAGCAUCGGGCAGAAGCUUCCUGGCCGCGCAGGCUGCAGGAAGAGGGUCAGGCACUUGAUGCUUGGGAAGAGGCAUCGCUGACUGGCGACCCUGUGGAGCCCGAUUUGGAGGUUUCGAUCGCGUUGACCUGCCCAUUUCGGCCGGACUCGAGCGACAGUAUGGUGCCCUUGGCCUACCCGUGCAGGAGUCCAUGGCCACUGGGACCGGCCAGCGGCGGCGACUUUCGACUUCCGAGAGGUGGAUGGGCAAAGAGCUCUCCAAGCUUUCAGCCAAGACAUUCGAGGAUGCAGCGCUUGAAAGCGGCAAAGCUUGACAUCCAGAAGUCUCCACGGGCUUCUGCUAUGCUGCCGAUUCUUUUUGUUUCUGCAGCAGUGGCGAAUCGAGUUUCAAACCGUGUUCUGUUGGCACCGUUGCUGCGUCAUACGUAUUUUCUGGCUCUCACGACCACCUUGGCUCAACUGUCGAUCUACUGUGUCUGGCUGUGGCAGAGUUUUCGCCAAGGACAGAUCACAAAGUCCAUGUGGGACUAUGCCAUGUCCAAUCCAGUGUUGCUGGGAGCCUUCGGCCUGUGCGAGGGAGCCUUCUUCCCCUUGGUCUUUUACUCGGCAGCGCGGCUGCCCGGAAGCUUGGUCCAAGUCCUCAACCAGAGCCUCAUACCAUUCACUGUGCUCUUCAGCUUCAUCUUUCUGAGCCGACGCUAUGACAGGAUCCAACUCCUAGGUGUUUUGGUUGUUCUUUGGGGGGUGACACUAUUUACAUCCUUGCCUCGAAGCACCGGAUCGUCCUCAGUGUUCGUCAUUCUCUGCAUUGCGGCUUAUGGGCCAAGUGCCCAGGCCAUGGUCGUCAAGGAGACUGUCUUCGUUCAGUUCUCACAGAAGCAAACGCGAGGUGGGUCUGAGUCGAGUCCAUUUGAUGCCUCGCUUUUCCUGACCAUCGGUACUUGCUGCCGCUGUGCCAUUCAACUGCUGGCCUGGCCAUUGUUUCUGCAACUGGUGUCUCCAGGCCUUGGCAUCAGGAGCUGUGCGACAGCCGGUGCGAUGGCAAUGAUGCAUCCUGCUGUUCUUCCCCUGACGAUAUUCUACAUCAUGGCGAAUGUUGGCAUCAGCAUCACUGCUCUGCUGCUCGUGCAGAAGUCAUCAGCAUCGACCGUAGUUCUUGCCAAUGUGGUUGCGCUGCCGUUGUCGGCGCUGAUCUUCUGUCUUCCACUGCCAUCGCUGGAGCGGCAGGUAUUCCAAUGGCGAUUCGCGGUCAGUCUCUUGCUGAUUGUUCUGGGGAACUUGCUCUAUAGCCAUCGUUCAUUGCUCAGUGAAGCCGAUGCCAGCACCUGUGACGGCAUUCGAGAGAAGAUGCUGGACAACCUGGUGACUCCUGAAUCAGGUUUCUACGCUGCCCUGGCGCCUGACAUGUCGCUCCACCUCCUGCAUUUUGCUCCGCCGCACAUCAUCCGAGCCCUCUCCGAAUGCCCGCCGAUCGAGAGGAUCGAAGAGUCAGUGCUCCAGAUGAAUGCAGCCUGCAACUUCCGCGAUGCUAGAGGUGAUGAUGCGUCGGAAGGCUUAUACACCAGCUCGACGGCAUUCCUGCGAUUGCACCUUUUCCAAUCGCAACUGGGGGUGGAGAUGCUGAGCCAGCAUUUGCAGAAGCAGGUUUGCAGGCGACCGCUGUGCAGAGGCUAUGCGGAGGUUCUGCGCCAACGCGUGAGGGGAUGUCCCGAGGACGCAGGGCACAAGGGCGUCAUCGCCAGAGUGGCUCGAGCUGUUGACACUACCAUGGCUUCAUGCCUGGAGGUCCACAGCGCCAGCCACGGCGAUGCAACUCACUCGGAAGUCUCGUCUGGUGGUGGAGCCCUGGCCGGGGUGUGGUCCAGCGAUAUGAGCGAGAAGAACCACGUGUUGAUAUCAGGCCUCGAUACAGGCAGCGCUGCGGAAAUGCGUGCUGUGGAAGCUGCAGUUGGCAGGAUCUUGGCCGAUGAAUUGCAGCUUCCACUGUUUGCUUUCGAGGAGCGGGGUCAAAGCUUCGCCGAUGUCUUCGAUCCACUUCUUGGAGGGCCGAACGUGUUCACCGUCACUGAGUCUCGCCUGCGUGUCGCUGCUCAGCUUACGCCCCUGCCGAGUGGGGAGCCUUUCGACGAGUCAGUUGGGCGCUUCAAUGAGCCGAAGCAGGAGAUCCCUGUGCAGCAGAAUGCCUACUUUGCCGAGCAGCACAACCUUCAAAUGCUUGCAAUCCAACCUCGGUGGAACGAACAAGGCAUUGAUCCUUCACGGCUGAGGAUUCGAAUCAUCUUCGAGGAAGUCGUGACAAAAGAUGAUCCGUCCGCGGUCAUUAGGGUAUUCCCAGUGGCGUUGCGAGAUAUCUGUUCGAGCCUGCAGCCGGAUGACGAACUCCAGUGGCAGAUGUUUCCGGCAGACACCGGUCUUGGGUCUCUUGAGCCUGCCAGUGGUGGAUCCGGCGCUGAUCCCUUGGACAGCGUACCCGUCGGAUUCGUUUGUCACGUCAUAGCAGCUGGAGAUGACGUUCAGGUCCUUGCAAGUGGUGAGGUGCUGCAGAUAGAACUGUCGCAGCCUCUUCUCCGCAACACCAAAUAUGUGGUUUUGCUGCCGCCGCGCAUCGUGAAAGCCGCCAUGGGCAGUACGACUUUCCCAGGUGCUCUCUGGGAGGGUUGGCCAAGCGAGGAAGGCCAAGACAACCAGGAGUAUGUGUUCACCACGGGAACCCCCAAAGUGUCCAACGCGAGGCUUUCCAUUGCCGUCAGCUGCAGUUCCGAAGAGGAGUGCGAACGGCAGAGGCGCCUGGUCAGCGAGCAAGGCAUGGAGGAUCUUGCGAGCCGCGCAUCCUGUUUUGCAGCAUGGUUCCGCUGCAACCAGGAUCCGGUUGCACAGAAACAUUGCGAGAUUCCUGAUCAAAGUACGCAGUGGUGUGACCCUCAUGGCAGCUGGGCACCUUCUUGGUCUCCACCACGGAAAAAGCAGGAUGUCCAGUUGAGCAGUGUCCCAGAUCAGGCUGUCUCGGAGGUGCAGUCAAUCUACUUGCCGAGUUGGGUCUACAUUGUGUCCUUAGCUGCCUGGGUACAGGGCACCUUUGCAACUCUGCGAGCAGCUUGGUGGGUGAGCGACCUUUACACGCAGAGCCGCGACUUCGACCCGUACGUCGCGCAGGGCAGCCGCAGCUUGCCCUUGAAAGCUUGCGCCGUCUCUAUGGCAAUUCCGCUGUUGGUCGGCAUCCUUGGCGCAUUCUUUGCUGUUCCUGUCUUUCGAAUUGCUGUGCGCGGAUUGUGGAGCCAGGGCGGUAGCAACCAGCAAGGGGCUUUGGUUGAUGCUGAACGGCUUCACCAUCAACUAGCAGCUGCGUUUACCGUGUGCUUCUGUGCGAGUGAGGCCUUCACAGCUGUUUUUGCGUACAGCCUCAUCGCCCGCUUCAAGAGUUGGGUCGCAGACAAG